CCAGAGGAGAUAGACCUAAGCCAUACCUGGAGUAAAGACUACCUCAAGGGAGGGCAGAGGAAACCACCCCUUCCCAGAACAGAUGGGUCCAGUCCCUGUUGUCAGUCUUGGGAGAAUAGACAGGGGUAGCUGGAUGUACUGUCUCUUCACUUUUGUCAUGAGGGCCUCAGUCUGAGCACGAAGGCAAGUCGUUGAGGGAGCCACAUAAGGUCAGAAAAGGGAAAAAUCCGCACCUUUUACCAGAAAUCAAGGUUCCUGGGGGCAAAGUGUGCAGGAAGACAAGAGCUCUGUGAGACUCCAGAUUAUUCCAUAACCAGGAGACCUGUGUGCUGGUUCCUGUCUCCCACUAGCUGCUGCCACCAGGAAGCCAUCAUGUCUUUCUUAGCAAAGCGUCCACGUGUCACAUUUGAUAGUGGCUUUGGGGUCCCAGAGACAGAGGACCCACAGGACCUGAUGGCGGCGCAGGUGCCCACAGAUGAGGAGGAGCAUGACCUCUCCCCCACUUCCCUGUGCUCUUUCACUUUCUCCUACCCCUCAGCCUCGUCCUCCCCCAUGUCCUCUCCAGUUAGCAGGGAGGAGGGGAGGAGGGGGAAGAGCAGGAGGAGGAGGAGCAUGACCUCUCCCCCACUUCCCUGUGCUCUUUCACUUUCUCCUACCCCUCAGCCUCGUCCUCCCCCAUGUCCUCUCCAGUCAGCAGGGAGGAGGAGGAGGAGGAGGUGAAUGAGGAGGGGGUGAAGGCGGAGGAGGGGCAGGAGGAGCAGGAAGAGCAGAAGGUCCCUGCUGUUGUGACCUUGGAUCCUCCCCAGAGUCCUCAGAGUUGUGGCCCCUCUCCACCAUCUGGCAGCCAAGAAAAGGCGGAUGCAAGCUGCUCGCAGAUGUCAGCAUGCCCUGACCCUGGGCCCAGAGAUCCGCUGGAGGAGAAGGUGACAGAUUUGGUGCAGUUCCUGAUCCUCAAGUAUCAAUCCAGGGAGCCCAUCACAAAGGCAGAAAUGCUGAAGGCGGUCAUUAAAAGUCAUAAGAAACGAUUCCCUGUGAUCUUCAAGAGAGCUGCUAAGUGGUUGGAGGUGAUCGCUGGCAUUGAUGUGAAGGAAGUGGACCCCACUAUCCACUCCUAUGUCCUUCUCAGCUCAGUGGAUCUCCCCUGUGAUGAGAUGCUUGGUGACAAGGAAGGUGUGCCUAAAAGUGGCCUCCUGAUUAUCAUCCUGGGCGUGAUUUUCAUCGCGGGCAACUGCAUCCCUGAGGAAGAUAUCUGGGAUUUCCUGAAUGUGUUGGGGGUGUAUGCUGGCAGGGAGCACUUCCUCUAUGGGGAGCCCAGGAAGCUCCUCACCAGAGAUUGGGUGCAGCAGAAUUACCUGGAGUACCGCCAGGUGCCCAACAGUGAUCCUCCACGUUAUGAAUUCCUGUGGGGCUCAAGGGCUUAUGCCGAAACCAACACAAAGAAAAUUCUGGAAUUUUUGGCUAAGAUCAAAGGGACUGACCCCAUUUCUUUCUCAUGCUGGUAUGAGGAAGCUUUAAGAGAGGAGGAAGAGAGAGCUAGGGCCAGAAUUAAGCCCACGGAUAGUUCUCCCAGCACAGUCACUGGGCAGCAAGGGUCUGCAGCUUCUCCUGCCCCAGGUGAAGAAUGAGUCCCAAUCUUCACCGUGGGUUUGAGGAGGGCUGUGGAGAGGGUGGGGAGCAGGCUAGGGAGAGCACAGUGUUCCAACGGCUCUACAGUCGUCUUCUGUAUCAGUGACCAAAAGUGCCCUUGGUAUUUCUUCUUAAUAGAAGGUUGAUGACAUUUGGAAUCUAAGUUUACAAAUGACAUUGGUCACACGUUUAUAACUGUUCAUGAACUUAAGAGCAAGAGUUUGGAUUGUUUGUGAAUUUAAGAAUAAGAGUUUUGAUAUUUCACAAGGAAAAUUGGGGCACCUUUCAUUCUAUUUUGUGAACUGGAACAAGAUAAGAUGACAUUGGAAAAGGAAUUUCCUUGGGAAUGUGAACGAAUUAAUCUGAAAAUAGAGAAGAAAAUGUAACAGUGAUUUACUUUCAGAAUCUCUUAACCACUUUUGUCUGCUGUGCUGUAAAAUUAAAAGAUAUAGAUAGAUCCAAUCUGCUUGGCUUAUUGAAGAGAGUAGGAGUAAUCGAAUAAAUGCUGUUAAA